GCUGCACUUUUUUUCUCUCUCUCUGAAACUUGUUUUAAAGGAGAAAACAUGAUGGAGAUGUAUUUGAUUUCUAUAAUUUUAGCAAGUAUCCUCAUAAUACCGUUCGCAGUCAAAACUUUGUCCCCUUAUCUUUGGAUGGAUCUUGUGUAUUUUGGGGAUCUGCUGCGGAUUUUAUUGAGGUUCGUGUCGAGGCGGAGAAAGAGACCUCUCUUCUUUGUUUUGGACCGUUUCAUGGAGCAGACCGCUGCGCAUCCAGACAAGCCCUUCAUUGUGUUUGAAAAUGAAAACUACUCGUACACAUACACAGAUAAGAGGAGCAACCAAACAGCCAACGCGCUGCAGGCUCACCCCGGAUAUAAAGCUGGGGACACCGUCGCGCUCUUCAUGGGGAAUGAGCCCGCCUUCAUGUUUACCUGGCUGGCUUUGGCCAAAUUAGGCUCUCCUGUGGCUCUUCUCAAUCACAACAUCCGCACCAAGUCUCUGUUGCACUGCUUUAACUGCUGCAAGGCCAAAGUCUUGAUAGCAGCCUCGGAGCUAAAGGAAGCAGUGGAGGAUGUGCUGCCCUCACUGAUGGAGCAGGGUGUCACCGUCCUCCUGAUGACCAAAAACUGCAACACCCCUGGGAUUGAGAGCUUCUCUGAUAAAGUGGACAAGGCACCAGACACCCCGCUCCCUCGGUCCCUCAGAUCACACAUCACAUUCAAAAGUCCUGCAGUUUAUAUUUACACCUCUGGGACUACAGGUCUCCCUAAAGCAGCCAUGGUCAAUCAGAACCGCCUCUUAACGGCACUGGUUGUUUUAUCUUCAAAUGGUGUAACGUCAAGUGAUGUCAUCUACCUCAACCUGCCUCUGUACCACACAGCUGGAUUCAUCAUAGGCUUUAUUGGCUCCAUUGAGACAGGUUCAACUAUCAUUCUGAAGAGGAAGUUCUCGGCCUCUCAGUUUUGGGACGACUGCAGGAAACACAGUGUGACUGUUGUGCAGUACAUUGGAGAGGUGAUGCGUUACCUCUGUAGCACAUCAAAGAGAGAAAAUGACAAGGACCAUAAAGUAAGACUGGCCAUUGGCAACGGAGUCAGAGCAGAGGUUUGGAGAGAAUUUCUCAGUCGCUUUGGAAACAUUCAAAUCCGAGAGUUUUACGCCUCCACUGAGGGAAACGUGGGAUUUGUCAACUACACAGGGAAAAUCGGAGCAAUUGGACGAGUUAACUUUUUUCAUAAGAGGCUGUUUCCCUUCGCUCUGAUAAAGUAUGACACUGAGCGGGAUGAACCGAUUCGGGAUGCUGAUGGUCUCUGUGUGAAGGCGCCCAAAGGUGAGACGGGACUGCUGGUGUCAAAGAUCACAGACAUCGCCCCUUUUGUUGGGUAUGCUCAGAACGAAGAACAAACGGAGAAGAAGAGACUUCGCAAUGUUCUCAAGAAAGGAGAUCUUUACUUCAACAGCGGAGACCUGAUGAGGAUCGACAAAGACAACUUCAUUUACUUUGUGGAUCGUGUAGGAGACACAUUCAGGUGGAAAGGUGAAAAUGUAGCCACAAACGAGGUGUCGGACAUCCUGACAAUCGGUGAUUCUCUCAAAGAAGCCAAUGUUUAUGGAGUCCAAGUGCCAGGGCAUGAGGGACGUAUAGGGAUGGCAGCGGUCACUGUGAAGGAGGGUGCCCAGUUUGAAGGAAGUCGAGUAUAUAACCAUGUGGUCAGCUACCUGCCUUCAUAUGCUCGACCUCGCUUUAUCAGAAUACAGAACGCCGUGGAGGUGACGGGGACUUUCAAGCAGAUGAAGGUGAAGUUAGUGGAGCAGAGUUUCGAUCCAGGACGUAUCCAGGACCCUCUUUACAUCCUCGAUGACAGAGAGAAAAGUUACGUACCGCUAACAGCUCAGGUCUACAGCUCCAUCAUUUCAGGAAACAUCAAACUAUGAGGAGGCUCUAACUCUGCAGGACUUUCAGUCUGCCUACAUUUUAAUAGUCAACUUUCAGCUCAGUGACUGAACAAAUAUUUUUACUGAUUUAUUUGUGUGUUGCAAAACGACAUGGAAGCAUACACAACUUUCUUAAAACCAGCAGAUGGAAAAUCGAAAGUGUAGGGUUCAUGUCGGUCAGCCUGCAGAGGGGAGGGAGUUUGAUAUUAUAUAUAAUAUAUUUUACUGGCAUGUGAUAAUAUAAAUAGUAUAUUUACAAGCAUGAUGACUGCUUUCCAGUAUAAGGACUGCUGCUUUUACUUUAUUCAGGCUAAUAAUGGUGCUGAGAAGCGUUGCUAUGUGUCUUUAUAAACUUAAAGUGUAGUUUACUGAGAUGCUUCUGAUGGUUUUUAUAAAGAACAAACUUUAAGAUAGAGGCUAUCGGCGACCCUCUCACAGGUAGUUUGUGAUGUACCUAACAGAAUACUUUGUUUAUAAGAAAAGACAUGAACAGCAUGUAAUAGCUUACAAAAAUAUAGGACAGACCCCAAUGUGAUUUUUAGA